AUGAUGGUUCCCCAAGCUCAUAUAGCUAUAAUUGCAGAGUUUACCGCAAGAGCAAACAGUGAGAUGGUGAUUGCAAUACAAACUGCUUGGGCGGGUAUUUCGGAAAAACUGAAAGGGUUUUGGAAAACAAUUGAGCCGGUUCUGACGCUGCAGGAAUGCCCGUUGUGUGGAAUUUGCAUAUUUCGGAGCCCAUUAAGAUUUUUCAAGGGCUUGUUUUGUUGA